AUGUGGUCGGGAAGACGUCGCUCGGCCAAGACGGGCAGAUUGAGCUCUGCUGCGGAUACGGAGCCGCCAAAGCUUCGUCUGACUGGGACGCUGCUUCUGCGCAAAGACCUUCUUCACGACUUCCUGCUCUACUUGGACGCUGACAGCCUGCUGGCGCUAUGCACGGCCAUGGGCCGACUUCCGCAUUGCCAGGUCGACCUCGAUACGCUUCAAAUGCACCGCAGUGUAUCGGUGCUGACGGGCGGCUGCGACGCACUGGCGGACUAUUUGAGUCUGCGCGCUCAACUUGAAUGUUUCGCGCGCUGCGUUCACGUGGUGAAGGGCGAUCUGGAGACCAUUACGAGUGUUGGGGACGAGCAAGUCGACUGCCUCGUGUUCCCAGCAUCCACCACGUACCAGGACCCAGGGAGGGGCGUUGCUGGUCGGGUGCAUGAACGCGCAGGGCCCAACCUCAACCUCCUGGUGACGAACCUUGCCUUACGACGAACUGCGAAGGCCGGAAGCGUGCUGUGUACCGUGGGGUGUGACUCUGGAGUGCGAUUGUUGGUGCACUGCGUGGGCCCUGUACACGCUGAACGGGACGCAGAUACACUGCUGUACAAGGCGUACGUGAACGCACUGCUUGCCGCUGACAAUAACCACGUCAAGUGCGCGGCCGUGGCUUCCAUUUCGACGGGGUUGUAUCGCUUUCCCAGUGCCUCAAGCUGCAGACAUCGCGCUGAGUGCUGUUCGCGACCUGAUUCGACUGCGUCGCCACUGGAACAUCAAGGUUGCAUUUGUCUGCAUCGACUACGACGUCUACGAGAACUUCCAGCGUGCUCGCCAGGAGACCAGCCAAGCCUUCCAUACGACGGGGCUCGCGUUCCCGCACUUGGUGAUGGAGUUGUCGAUGGAGGAGCCAGUAAAUGGCCACGAAGCUUAGGACAAGCAACUUGGAAGACUCCGAGAUAG